GAGAGAGGAGGUGUCGUUUAAAUGUUACAGAGAUAAGGGUGAAUUUCCAGCAGUAACUCACCACCCCCCUCCAAAAAAAAACCGUGCUUAAUGAAUAUCGUGUGACUCAAAACAUAAACACGCAAGCACUGAGAGGGAGGGGGAAGUUCAGCGAGGUCGUUUUUGUUUCGGUGUCUUGUCAAAAUCUUUCACAUUUCAACAAAAGACAUCAGCUGCCGCCGGACGGGCUUGAUCUGGUUUUGGGGGAAAAUUAUUUGUCGGCGUUCGUCUUUUAAAGUAACCUCUGGACCAGUGAGGAGGCAGGCUGACUCUCGCGCAGUGAAGCAUGUCUGGCCCUGGUUACCCACCUCCGAACCAGCCCCCGUACCCAGUUCCACAGCCCGGGGGAUACUCUGUGCCCCCCUACCCCAUGGCUCAGCCCGGAUAUGGAGAUCCUACCCAGCCCGCCCCCCCUCCAGGAUUCAGUGUCUACCCUCAGCCCGGGGGCUACCAGCCUUCCCCUCAACCUCAGCCCGGGGGCUACCAGGGCCCCCCUCCCCAUGGCUACCAGCCCUCCCCUCAACCUCAGCCUGGGGGCCCCCCUCCCCAUGGCUACCAGCCUGCCCCUAUCGCACAACCCGGGGGCUACCAACCAGGUCCGCUGAGCCCCCCCCACGGGUACCAGCCUGCCCCCACCAAUCCUGGGCCCUCCCCGGCACACGAUCCCCACAACAAGGUCACCCCCUACUCUGCCGUGCCCAUCGGCGUGCCCCCAGGACUGGAGUACCUCACGCAGAUCGAUCAGAUCCUGGUUCACCAGAAGGUUGAACUCCUUGAAGCAUUCAUCGGCUUCGAGACCAACAACAAAUACGAAAUCAAGAACAGCAUGGGCCAGAAGAUCUACAAGGCCACCGAGAAGAACGACUGCUGCACACGCAACUGCUGCGGCUCCCUGCGCCACUUCAACAUGAAGAUCACCGACAACAACGACCAGGAGGUCAUCCACCUGGUGCGGCCCUACAAGUGCGCCAGCUGCUGGUGCCCCUGCUGCUUGCAAGAGUUGGAGGUUCAGGCUCCGCGGGGCACCACGAUCGGCUACGUGGUUCAGACGUGGCAUCCCUUCCUGCCCAAGUUCUCCAUUCAGAACGCCUCGAGGGAGACCGUCAUGAGGGUGGUGGGGCCCUGCUUCGCCUGCAACUGCUGCGGAGACAUCAACUUCGAGUUGAAGACGAAGGACGAGGGUGCCAGUGUGGGUCGGAUCAGUAAGCAGUGGAGCGGGCUGCUGAAGGAGGUCUUCACCGACACAGAUAACUUCGGGAUUCAGUUUCCCCUGGAUCUGGACGUGAAGAUGAAGGCGGUGCUGCUGGGAGCCUGCUUCCUCAUCGACUUCAUGUUCUUCGAGAAGACUGGAGAAAUGUCCCAGCGCAACACCGUUCUCUCCUGAGAGGAAGAAAGGACCGAGCCGUGCCAAAACCAACACAACAUUAUUUUAAAAAGAAAAUAUCCCAGACUCCUUUGCAAAAGCGCGCGGCACCGCUCUCAAACAACCAAACCAAACGGGCGAAAUCGCAGAAGGAAACCUCACUUCCACACAAUCAGGUGGAUUUAAUCCAUUUAUAUUCUGAUCAGGGAGUGUUGUUUUUAGAGCGUUUCGCAGCCCUGGGUGGGGAGGGGUCAGCCUGCUUUUCCCAAAUUGCAAAUCAAUUCAGGGUGAUUCAGCAGUGCUGUAAAAUACUCUAAUAUCAUCCACUUGUGUCUUAUCAGGGGUACAGGCUGAUCAAAUCAAUUAGUUAGCAUGGAGAAAUAUCUACUACCCGGCCACUUUAUUAGGACCUGUGUGUCCCCCCCCCCCCUCCGAUUUGGCACGGCCCUGGAGGGGGGCAUCCUGGUAUACCCCGGGGCCCUUGAUGACUCUGGAAGGCUGAACCAAUAGUUUACUGAAGCAUGCAGUCCAGCCAACAAUGCUGAGCCCUGAUGGCUGCUUUCAAUAACGCCCCCUCCACUGAGCCAGAAUGGAUUGAGGAGCACGACAGAGACUUCUUCCACGGACACCACAGCGAUCUCAAUCCGACUGUGUGAAGGAUUCGUCAUCCCGAUCCUCUGCCGGCCUCUCUGCACUCAAUAUUAACGAGGGAAUGGAUCUUCCAGCGCCUUGUGGAGUCUGGGUCACGUCAGGGCUGUGAUCGGGGGCCCACGGUGACCCGAUAUUAGGGGCAGGUCCUAAUAAAGUGUCCAGGGCAGUGAAUAUCCCAGUGUAUAGAUCAGCUUAUCCAAUAGUGUAUUGUGCUAUUUUCCCAUUGUUUCUGAUGCAUUGAUACAGGUGUGUGGUGAAAGUCACUGACCAUUUUGAAUUGGGGGGGGUGUAACUGUACACUAAUAUCACGAUAUGAUGCAUCUCACAAUAUGCAGGUCGUGAUACGAUGCCCUCUGUACAGCCCUCUAUUGCGAUAUGUCGUGUAAAGAGAGUACCCAGAUUCGUCAAUGCGCCGUGAACCGUACCCCCUCUUAGUUUUGAACACUUUACAGUUUUCCAUGCACAGGAGUAAAAUACAUGUGUGUGUUUUUAAUAUAGCAAGUCAAUUGAUUUUAAAAAAAAAAAACAUUUUUCUGCCCUUUUUCUCAGCCUGGGCAAAAUACAAGACCGUGUACAAGUUGCCUUACAGAGUAGUUUUAUAUAAUGUACAUUUUCCUAAUGAGAGGGAGUAGCUUCAAAUUGAAUAGCCUGUGAUUAAUGACCCCCCCUGCCUUUUAAGCCGUGCCAACCUGUGGUUCUAAUUGCAGUUCCUCCUGUACUGAACGCUUUGACUGCUCUUCAGACCUCAGUGCCUGCCACAGAUAUAGAUCGUAAACUAGAUCAGCCUUUAGAGACGCGGGAGACAGCGCCAUCUAGUGGUCUGCUGCUCUGUUGGAAUGUUAUGGAAUACACUAGCUAUGUGCUAGAGCAGCGGUUUCCAACCCCAGUCCUGGGGACCCCCCUGCUGUGUCUGAUGGUUUUCAUUCCAACUGUGCUCUCAGUUACUGAACUAGACUCUUAAUUGAACUAGUAAGCAGCCUAAUUAGGCUUUUUUAAAAUUUAAUUUCAGCUCUCCCCAGGAAUCAUUGCAAACACCCUAAAAAGAUGUCCUGUUAAUUGAAGCUGCUUGCGAUAUGAUUUAAAAUCGGAUUAUGUGUUUUGAGUCUGCUGCUAGACUUCUGAAAAGACUCCUCCGAGCAGACGUGGGGAAGCUGAUUAGCGUCGCGCUGUACUCAGAAGCCUGUGUAACGCUGAUAUCCCCCCCCCCCCCCACCUUGCUUCCGAAGGUUUUCACAAGGAAUAGUCGGUAAGCAUUGUAAAAAAUAUAUAUAUAAUUUGAGCAGAAGAAUGAACCCUUUUUUUUUAAUGCCUGUUUUUAUCGUUUCAAAGGAGAUCGAGGCUCAUUUCAGCCUCUUCUACGCAGGCAUCCUUUGACACAUUGCUUCUGUGUGGUGUUUCAUGCAUUCAGUUGCAGACUGGAGCUACCCUUUUUAAUAAAAGUUUCUCGUUGUAAUAAAGCCUAGUGAAAGCAUAGCAACAGCAUAACCAAAUGUAGUAAAGCAUAGCGAAGUGCAAUAAAGCAGAGAUGAUCAUUGUAAAGCCCAGAGAGGUACAGUAAAGCAUGUUAAAAAAAACAAAAACCAAGCCAUUUCCCAGUGAUAAUUACUUUGAUGCCAACUGGAAUUCUUGCAGUGUUCCAGAACCCCCGUGCAGUGUUCCAGAACCCCGUGCAGUGUUCCAGAACCCCGUGCAGUGUUCCAGAACCCCGUGCAGUGUUCCAGAACCCCCGUGCAGUGUUCCAGAACCCCCGUGCAGCGCUCUAGAACCCCCGUGCAGCGCUCUAGAACCCCUGUGCAGUGUUCCAGAACCCCCUUGCCGUGUUCCAGAUUCCCCAUGCAGUGUUCUAGAACCCCCUUGCAGUGGAUUUUAUUUAUUUUUUUGUAAGUUUCUAGAUAACCGGUUCUUUCUCUAACCAGCCCUGUGAAUACAUGUUAAGAGCGUGUAACACGAAAUGACGUGUCUUGGAUCCGAAGCUCCAUUAUUCGUUCUAUGAGUAAUUUCUGUUGGCAUGUGCCUGACCCGCUGCUCCCUGAUCACCACACCGCAGCUCUGUAACCACGUGUUCAGGCCACGUCCUUCUAAGACGUGUGGAUAAACGAGCCGUGUCGUUCAGCGAUGGAUGGACUUGCUGUGCACGCUGCAGAUGCUGUCAGAGAUUACUAGAGGAGCAUUCAUUAACGUUGCUGCCUCUCAUUGCUCAGAUCCAACGGCACUUUCACUGGCAUCCCUGAAAGCAACGAGUGUGAAUUGCUGUGAAUGGGAUACUUUUUGGAGAAAUAAACAAUUUUCCAAUCGUUGUCUGCACCCCAUAGGCUAGCAUUGUGCACACCCACCUUUGAGUCCCAGCACACACACACACACACACUGACACACACACACACACACACACACUGACACACUGACACACCCAUACUCCAACACACACACACACACUGACACACACGCCAGUGUUUCAAAAGCGCUGCAUUCGUGGGUUUGUGUAACAGAGAGUAUUUCACUUCCUUACAGUAACUUUGAGAUUUUUAUUUUUUUUGCUUUUCCUCCUAAACCUGUUGCGCUGACGCUCUUGUAAAUGCAUAAAAUAAAAUAAAAAGAUUGCUUUGCAAUAACGUGCAGACCGCAUCAAUCGCAUCGACACUAUUUAUUUGAGAAGUGUGAAACUGUUCUAAUAUGUUUUGCUAAGUCUGUGCUGUUUUGUCUGAAAGGAGCUGCUCUCCGUUCAUGUUGCCUGCCAUAAAUAUUAUGCAGGCUAGAUCAGCCAAAAGUGCGCCAUCUAGAGCACAGCUAGUGUAUUGCCAGCCAAACUUGGCAGAACACUAGAUGGCGCUGUCUCUUGCUUCUAUAAAGGAUGACCUGGAGCACCCCCUGUGUCUGCUGG